CAUUUUCCAUAUGAAUUCUACUGCGUCUCUGAGCAUGGUUUUUUUUUUUUUGCCCUUCUCUGUGGAGGGCUUUAGGUUGGGGUUCUUGGUAAUGAGGGUUUCAACUUAAAUUCGCUGCUAGUGUUGCCUUUUACGAAUCUUUUAGAGUAUUGGGUUCUUGAGAAUUUCACUGCAUUAGGAAUGGUGGUUGAAGAGACCGUGCAUCUUUUGGCACCAUCAAGAGAAAAUGUGUCACGAAGUAAUAUCCCUUCUCAGGAAAGAUUGGAAAGGUUUCCCAUGGAGAAUGGCGAGUGUUUUUCCCAUACUAAGUCACCUGAGUCUAGGAGGCGUAGAGUCUCUGCUGUUUGUGAUUUUCCUGUAGGGUGUGGACCAUAUGCUCAGUUAAGCAGUUUGAGACCUGUCAAAGAGGUGGCUUCUGUUGGUAUUCCAAAUGAAGAGCUGGCUACUGCUCUGUUCGAUAGAAAUUGUUUUUCACCACCUGAUGGAUCCACAUCUGUAUCUAAUGACAAUGAUCCAGAAAAGAUUCCAGCUAAAAUGUAUCCUCGUGGAAGUAUAGUAGAAGCUGUUGGGGACUUUCCUCCAUUCUGUGGAGUAAAUGCUUCUUUGGAGGCCAGGACUUUGGGUCAAAAGAAGUCAGUUAUGGGUUACAAACCAUCAUCAUUAAACACAGUGAAGACUGAUGUGAAACAAACGGGAAUUGGGGACAGAGUUCAACCUAACACUGAGGAAAAAAUUCACAGGGAAAAGCCUUUUGAUAUAUCUCAUUCUCCCAACCAUCUGCAUGAAGAAGAUUUUGAAAGCUCGCGACUUCCAUUGGAUAUGUUGGAUUUUGAUCAAUUGCAGGUUAGUAUGGGAGACAAACCAUCAUCAUCAAACACUGCCAAGACUAAUGUGAAAGAACCAGGAGUGAAUCUUCAAAAUGAAGAGUUUUUGAAAGAAUGUGGUCACAGCAUUGAGAUGCGAAAGAAGGUGUCAGGUGCAUUGCGCCUGUUUAGUGUUGUUUUUGAAAGUCUAGAAGAUGAAAAGUCAGAGGAAGGAUCUGCUUCUAAAAGGGUUGAUCUUAAAGCUGCAAAUAUUCUCAAGAAGGAAGGAAGGUUUGUAAACACAGGCAAGCAAAUUAUUGGGCCUGUCCCAGGUGUUGAGGUUGGUGAUGAAUAUAAAUACAGAGUUGAACUCACAAUUAUUGGCUUACAUCGCCAGACUCGAGCAGGUAUAGACUUUGUGAUGCAUGGUGGUAGGAUUCUUGCCACCAGCAUCGUUGCCUCAGGGAGCUAUGAAGAUAAGAUUUGCAAUGAAAUGUCUAUAAUAUAUACAGGCCAAGGAGGAAAUUACAUGCUUCCAAGGAAGAAAGCUUAUGAUCAGAAGCUUAAAGGGGGAAACCUUGCUUUGAAGAACAGUUUGGAUGAACAAAAUCCGAUCAGACUCAUUCAUAGGCUUUACUCUUCUGAUGGUCAAAGGAAAUACGUGUACAAAGGGCUGUUUGUAGUAACAAAAUGUUUCCGGAAAAGAGGAACUCGGGGAAAGCUGGUUUGGGAAUUUCAUUUGCGCCUCCUGUUGUAAUAUGCUGGUUUGAGAAAUUGUAAUUGCGUACUACUUGGACCAAGUGUUUUCAAAUUGGGCUUGGUCACGUCCGGUCCAACUGAACUUCGCCCUCUUGGUGGAAACAUUGCCACUGGGGCUGUGUUAACAUACAUUGUGCCUUGGAACAUAAGCAAACCUGUAGUUUUUUUUUAA